AUGCAAGUGCUGAACUUGAUGAGGGAAUUUGAGCUCCAAAGGAUGAAAGAGUCUAAGACAAUUAAAGAAUACCCAGACAGAUUGCUUGGCAUUGCUAAUAAGGUUAGAUUACUGGGCACUAAAUUUGCUGAUUCCAGAAGCGUAGAAAAAAUUCUAGUUACAGUGCCUGAGAGAUAUGAAGCAUCAAUAACCACGUUGGAGAACACAAAGGAUCUAUCCAAGAUCACUUUGGUAGGAGCAUUACAUGCCUUGCAGGCCCAGGAGCAGCGAAGGCUUGUGAGACAAGAUUAUGUGGUUGAUGGUGCUUUACCAGCCAAGGAUCAUGAAGGUGGAAGUAUUGUAAAUGACCAAAGUAAAGGCAAGUUUCUUCAAAAUGAAGACAAUGCCCAGGUCGUAGAGCAAGAUGAAGAAGAUCAAAUAUUCGUGGCAACAUCUUUUCAGCAAGGAGUAGUUAAGAAUGUUGGCUGA